UGCCUCACAAAGUUCCUUUCAAUGCGAUGUUCCAGUAAGGACAAAUUCCUCUCCACUAAUCGCAUCAACACAAACAAGACCCUGAAUACGCUUGGAAUACCUAGUAUAUUCGACUUACGCCCACUCGCUACGGAAGCAACCAGACUAAUUAUUCUGCACAUUCGGCUCAAUUGACGUCGCCUUCCGAUUCAUAACCUGGCCCAUCCAUCCAUGCAAUCCUCUCUUCCCCGGAUCUUCGCAAGAUCGCAACAGAUCCACCAACGCUGCUUCUACCAAACCGUCGUGCGCAAGCGUCCAGGUCGCCCACCCCGCGACCUCUCUCGGAAAGACACACUCCCCGAAUCUGAUAACGAACCUUACCUUCCCUUUUCCGCCUCUUCCCCGCGCAAUUCAAGGCUCGUCUACACCCAACAGAAAGGCAUGUCCGACCUACAAUGGUGGGCCAAGCCCGCCCCGGCCAUGGCCACCCCAUCGAACCAGCAGCCGAGCAGUAACGGCUUCACGAUACCGGGCCUCGGCAACGCCGCCAACAUCCCCUUCGCCUCAAAAUCCGCAGUCCCUCUUCCCGAGCAAUCGGCCGCCGGAGACCAAUUCACAACCCCAAAUGGACCUCGCAAAGCUGCCGCGGCGCCGCACAACCGUGAUAAGAUCAUACCCCCCAGCGCCGCAUCAGGCGGCGUCCCGAACCCCACGCCGCAAUACCUUCAGCAAGCCUCCCUCCCGCCGACCCUCGUCCCCACCCCUCGACCGAUCCUCGUCGUAAUGGACCUCAACGGCACACUCCUCUUCCGACCCAAUCGUCGCAACGCCGCAAGCUUCGUCGAGCGGCCCCACGCGAAGCGCUUCCUGCAAUACUGCCUCGACACCUUCCACGUCGUCGUCUGGUCCUCGGCCCAGCCGAAAAAUGUCCAGUCCAUGUGCGAUCAGCUCCUCCUCAAGGGCGGCCUCGGCGCCGCCGACAGCCAGGAAGACAGGGCCUCGUACCGCCGCCGCGUGCUGGCCGUCUGGGGCCGCGACAAGUUCGGCCUAUCCGAGUCCGACUUCAAGCUCCGCGUGCAGGUCUACAAGCGCCUGGAGAUGGUCUGGGCCCAGGCCAACGUGCAGCGGGCGCAUCCGGACGCCGCGUACGGCGGCCGGUGGGACCAAACCAACACCGUUCUCGUGGACGACUCGCUCGAGAAGGCGCGGAGCGAGCCGUUCAACUUGCUGCGGAUCCCAGAGUUCUUUGGCGACGCCAGCGAGCCGGGCUACGUGGUGCCGCAGGUCCACGAUUACCUCAACCAGCUCUGUUACCAGUCUGAUAUCAGCACGUAUAUGCGCACCAACCCAUUCCGGCUGAACGAAGAAUACAGGCUGGAGGCGCAGCAGGAGGGUAAUGCGCAGGGCUCAGCGUAGGAGACGGAUGAGGAGACAGUCUUUGGGAAACCCUGGACAUACGCUAGGUUGGAGAAAAAGGCACAGGACAUAGAGAUAGACUUGGUAGCAUCGAGAUACCCCUUAGCAUGAGCUUAUGGAAGCAUCAUAUCCAAUUCAAUGAUGUGCACGUGGAGCCUUGUAGUGAAAUUGGAAAAGUGUUCUUUUGGUUUUGAUCAGGAACAACCUGCAUCUUCUGCC